GUACCGGCCGAAGAUGCAAAUGUCGUGAUACUGGAGACCAUCCUGAAAGCCGUCACACAGGAAGCAUACCUAGGGGUCAGGUUUAGCAAACCACUGGCCAGAUCCAGAUUCGAGUCCAUUACACCCGAAGGAUUGCAGGGUUGUCCUUGGUACGGAAUUUUGCAAUACGCCACACUCUACUGGGCCACUCAUUUGCGUCGGUUACGCGAUCCAUUGUCUCCGGAAGUCGAGACGAUGCUACGUCUCCUCAUUAGCCCCCCGGCAUGCCUUACCUGGGUCGAAGUGCUCGCCAUCUCACCUGUCAGGGGUUCCGUAUCUCACUUUCCAGAAUCCUGGGGCUUGUCGCCGACUUUUGCCGCGACGGUACAGGCCUCGUCACACAAGAGACACUCUCGUGCCUACAAUUGUGGAUGCGUUCCUGCCACGAGUUGUUACACGGCUGGGCCGAGAUCCUUGAACGCUUCCCGGGCGAGGUCCACCAUAUCCAAGGGCUAUUCUUGACAGCCGAUUCAAUAUUUCGGUUGGAAUACAACCCCUUAAAUCGGCAUUGGGCGCUUCCAGCCGGUACCUCACUGGAACGCCAGCCCUUGGAUACUGUGCUUGACGAGGCGUCCCGUGGAACAGAUUACGUCUCUGUUCUUGACAAAAGCAAGUCUCGACUGUACAUCGUGCGCCAGAGUCGGCUCUGCUACCACAGCGUCCGUGGCGAAUUGAAAGAGGACGAACCGGGUUUUGCUUCUUGGCUAAUUCGGUACAUCUCGCUUGAUACGGGGACUGUGGUGUCCGAGUUCCGCGGCCAAUCUCCCUUUGGAGUAGUCGGCUCAUCGAGGAGGACAGGAUAUGUUACCGCGCAAUUGGCUCUCAGCGACGACUCCCAGUACCUUGGGUACCAAGAGUAUCUAGAGCCAGAUGGCAUCAAGUGUCAGUACGCCUUCACGUACUGCUGGAAGUUGAAGGACUUUUCGACCGUGGAUGACGAUCACUUUGGACCUCGCACGAUGAUCAGCCGAGGGGUUAUCCAUUCACCAGUGAGACAGACCCGUCCGUUAACCUUCUGCGCGAGAAGUGCCACCCUGGUGCAUGCGAAUGGGUGGUAUGAUGUCGAGAAACAAGAACCGAUCAACUCCUUCACCCCGCCUGCGAUCGGGAAGGGAAUAAAAGUCGACUCAGUCCACGUAUCGCCCAGCGGUAACGCACUGGUUAUCACACGGCCUACCAAUGGCGAUUCGCGGAGCUCCCAACUCGAACUCUGGGCUUGCGUUAGCAGCGAGACGCCCAUGACACUAAGUCAGACCUUCAUCGCUCCAACACCAACCAUUCUCGCCAUCAGUCGUUCUGCUCGGUUUGUGGCGUUCACGCACAAACUGCUGAAGGCAUCACCGAACGAUGACCAAUCCUUUGAAUGUACAGACGACCCCAGCUCGGAGUGCGAAUCAGAUGACGACUCGGAAUACUCGGCAGAUGACUUCUUUGAAUCGCGAGAAACCCACAGCUUCGCUAUCCUUGACACAGAGAAAGGCAGCAUUGGCGAGCUGUACUCAUAUAGAAACGACUCAUGGGAUAGCCGGGAUGAUAGCGUCACUCGAUUACGGCCAGACAAGGCCUUUUUCGGCUGCCUGGAACCGAGUUCCAGCCUCUUCAUAUCGAGGAUGAAGAGUGGAGCUCAGACUCCGGAGGGGUUGAUUUGGCGUUGGAGUAUCAGUGGUUGGAUCAAUACCGGCCACAUCGUCUUCGACUGGGGUUGCAAUAGUCUGACAUUCAACCAUGAUGACUCAGCCCUUGUCGGUAUUCGCCCAGACGGGCUCUUUCGUGCCAGAGUUGACAACUUGCAAGAGAGGGUUGUCGCAGUCGGAGCCUACAGUGUCCGACGUGAACAGGAAUAUCACCGUUCAUGCUGGAGGGGCUCAUCACUGUAUUACCUGCACUCGGACAUAAACAGAGGCAGCACAUACCAGAUUGCAGGGCAUGUGCGGAAUCUCGGCGGUCAACCUUCUGUACCUUUGGGUGUAGAGAUCGGGUUUCUCUCCCCUGUCAGCUUGAAAGAUAUCAAGGACAUUAGGAUUCCGUUGCCCGGCGACAAGGUAUAUUUCAGCACCAAAAGCAAAUCGGGAAGUUUUUGCUCUGCCAUCGACAUCGGGGCCGGAACCGGCAAGGCUCCCUCUGUGCCACGCAGCUUGAACAAGAGCCGUAUCGUUGCCAUAGCAAGCGGCGGGCGGUACAUGUUGGCGGCAUCCUUCUUACGCGGCGGGAACAGCAUCGGCAGCACAGGCAUGGUCAAAGGUAUAAACUCCGUGUCUACAAGGAGGGAACGUCUGAGGCUCUCCGAGUCUUCAAUUUCACGUGUUGCUGGUCGAUUGUCAACGAGCGUAACAGAUGGAUUGAUAGGUACCGUGGUGUGGACAAUAUUCCACCACAGAUUGCCCAUCAUGGCAUGGUCAUUCUCCUGGUUUAAGUGGGGGUUUUGGAUGGCAAGCACAGAGGGGGAUGGCAUCCCCAUUUUCAAUCCAGGUAUUCAACCUAUUUCCUCUUUGCUACUGCCCGAGACUCUUAACUGACUGUCGCUUCAAUCAUUCAUAGAAACGCGAUCAUGUCAAUUCUCGCUGUCGUUUUCUCCAUGCGGCCGGUAUUUCUGGGCUUACAUAUGUGGAGGGCUCAUCCUAUUCGACCUCGGGAGAGGAAUCAGGCACGAUCACUCAUGGCCUGAAGAUCUGAUCAGCUACUAUGAUGCCUACACAUUUUGCCAUGGCA